AAGAGACGGGCUGCUGAUACUGCUGCUGCUGCUGCCAGGGCGGAGGAUCCAGGCCAUGCUCGCCUCUCAUCAGGUGCAGUGUGUGUAUCUGUGCGUGUACACGCGCUUUUAUGUGCUAUCCGCGCACUAAUGUGUCAUUAUGAGCUGCCACCUCACCAGCUCAUGUGAGCUGCUCGUUGAGAAGACGAUGAUCAUGUCUCACUGCAAAGACCUGCGCCUUAGAGUCACUGGGGGCAGACGCACACCGAGCCUAGUGAGGACAGACAGAGAUGUGUCCUGCUGUUGAUAAGGCCAAGGAGCAAAGGUCCAUCUGGACCUUGACGGGUCCAAAAUAAGGCAGCGAUGGCAAAGAGAGAUUAUCUGGUGGAGGCGGCCAAGCAGAUCCGCAUGGCACUGGACAGUGAGGUCAACGAGGACUAUGAGGCGGCUUUCAGCUACUAUAAGAAUGGGGUGGACUUACUGCUGAAUGGGGUUCAGUUGGACCCAAACAAGGAACGGCGGGAGGCUGUAAAAAGAAAGACAACCCAGUACCGGAAGAGAGCUGAAGAAAUCUUUAUAACACAUCUACAGGACAAUCUGGGGAAGGGGAGCUCUCAUUUGGGAGGCUACAGCAGUCUGAGAUUUCGUUCAAUCAGACACCUGAGUUCACCCGUGGAGGAUCUGGAGAUGUGUAAGGGGGUGGGAGUGACUGAUAAGGUCUUGAUUGUCCAAAGCAUGGUCAACAAAGAGAUGUUUGUCGUAAAGAGCCUGGUCAAAUCAAGCUGGGAGAGCAGGGACCAGCCAAUUAUCAUUCCUCAAGGCGUGCCAUACAUGGUCAAGCUGCUAUGAUAUUAUGUCAGUGAGUUGGAGAAUGACCUAGAGACUUCAUGUGAACUUUAAAAUGUAGACACAAGCCUUGUGUAUCUGU